CGGAGGGCAAAAGUCCGGACUGAACGAGCGCUGCACCUGCAUCGCCAUUCGCAGUGACAACCUGAUAUGUUCGGGAUUACAGUGCCAGACUUGCAUUAAACUUGAUGUCUGUUUUAGCUGAGCGCGUUUCUUCUGUCAGACGGAUCGGCGGUGUGUUUCUUUCUGUGUGGUUUUCUGGCUGAUAUUGUUCGGGAUGGUGUUCCUCCUGCCAGCGCAUCACAGAUAGUGACCUGCUUCAUCCUGGCCUAGAGAAGGACUCAAAGACUUGCUUCAUUGUUUUAGUCUAGCAACCGGGCAGAGAUGAAGAGAAUGCUAGACAAGGCAUCAGCUGUUGUAUGGUGACCGGAGACAAGACAAGAGCCUGCUUUAUGAAUGCUUCUUUCUCAGAUACAUCAGAGACCUGCAGUCAGAGAUACAACAGUGUAUCGCUUGACUAGAGAAUGAAUGGCGUGCUCGGCCUGCCACAAUGCUCAGCAUUCACACCUGUCGGGAAAGAUGCCGAUUACUCUAAAUAUUCAAGAAAACCCACUAAACUUCAAUAGCUAACAGCGAUGUGAGCCGAAAAACAGGAGGAGGAAUGCUGUCAGGGUUCUCCUAAAGCUGAACACCUCUGUCCUUGUUCGUGGAUCACUUGUGCUCUGACAGCCAGGACAUUUUGCCUAUGAAAUAACCUUGCAGGCAUACUGAACAAAACUAAGAGCUAAUUUGGAUACCUAUCCAGCCCCAAGGCCACUACACUGACAGAUCAGCUGUUUUUUCAUUGAUUUUAGAAAGGAAUCUUCCAAAACUUUCUAUUACGUCUUACACACUUUCAGCUGUCUGGUAGGCCUGGUUGUGUUUUUUUUAAGGCAAUCUUAUAAAUAUACUUUCUGGAGUCUGGACUACAACUGUCAGUGACUUCUCAAAAGUGAAGAAAUACCUCCCAAGGAGCCAUCGAAAAUCAAAACUGGAAGUCAGUGUAUUUUUAGAAAUGAUUUUAAGCAUAAGGGGACGAGAAGGACACAAAUAAUAAGCUUAAACCCUGAGGUGAUAAAGAAUAUUUUCUUGCCAGCCUUUUUUUCUUUCUGCACUUUGUUGAACACACCAUUGAAUGAUAAACUGCCACAUGGAGAAAGUGUCUCAUCACAGAAACCUCAUUUUUUAGGGAACUCUAACCAGGUGUCCUCUCACAACUGGGAGCCCAUCUUCAUUACCCCACCAGCCGAACAUUAUGUCAGAGAUGGAGGAUUACUCUCCUCCGAGAGGCCACCCUCAUCCUGACCCGGCCCGCAUCCAGCAGAACCUCCUGGAGGAGCAGGUGGAGCUGUGGUGGUUCAGUGAGCCUCGCAAAUCCCUAUUAUGCUACUGUGCCUCAGUGGCCUUGAUCUUGGGCUGCGGCCUAGGAGGCGUCGGCCUGCUCUCCACCACCACCAGCUUGUCCAGCGAGUGGCGUUUGGGUGCGGGAACCGCUCUUUGUCUUCUCGCUCUGGCUGUCCUACUAAAGCAGCUGUUAAGUUCCGCCGUCCAAGACAUGAACUGCGUGAGAAGCAGACGACGGAUCAACAUGCUAAAGAGCGGAGGUUUGUCGGACAUCCUCAUUAUGUUGAUCACAGGAGCCUCUCUGCUUAUUUGUGGCGCUGUGCUACUGGAUAUGGCCUUGGCGUACCACAUGCCCAAACCUGGCAAGGCACUCAAUGACAUGUAUAUAUCCGGGGUGGUGAUGCUGGCUGGAGGGAGUUUUACAGUGUUUGCGGUUGGAAUUUACGCUGCAGUAGCUUUCUUCUUGGAGAGGACAGGGCCGGGACAGAGACGCUGGGAAAGGACAGUGCGAGUCUUCAGUAUUUCAGCACAGAUGCAGGGGAGACGAGAGACUGCGUCAAGUCUGGCUCGUCUCAUAUAACUGUGAUUGCAAAAUAAAUACAGCAGAAGUCAAAAGUUUACAUAUAUCUAGCAGAAUCUGCAAAAUAAGAGAGAUCAAAGAAAAUGCAAGUUAAUUUUGAUUAGAACUGACCUGAAUAAGAAAUUUCAUAUAAAAAUGCUUACAAAUAUUACAUGUGAUGGAGUCAAAUGUUCACUGAUGCUCCAGGAUGCAUUAAGAGCUGGAGGGUGAAAACUUUUGGAAUUUGAAGUUUAGGGUAAUUUAACUUUCGUCUUCAGUGAAACAUUUCUGUAGCUUUUUGAAGUGCAGUACUGAAAGAAAGAAAAAGAGAUAUUUAGGCAAAAAUAUGAAAAAUAUAUUCUAUUCAAAAGUUUUCACCCACCGUAAUGUACUUUGUUGUCUUCUGGAGUUUGAACUUCUUUCAAAAUUAUUGAGUCAUUUAUGGCAGCAUAUCCCAAACUUUUCAACAAGCGACCCCUAAAAUAGCAAUUACAGUGACUUACACCCCUACUGUGCUUGGAGGUGGUUAUAAACAUACAAAUAUUACAGACACACCAAUAGGAACUAUAGACUAUUUUGAGGGAUGUAAACAAAA